GGCCUCACCAGGCAGCCUAGCGGCCACGCUCUUUGACGCCCUGGUUAGCGGCCACAGUUCGAUCCAGUCAAAUGUGUCUGCCGCCGGAGAUGCUGUCGGGUUUUGGUCGCCUGCUACUGCUGCCACCAACUGGUGCGAAGUAGACUACGAGUCGAUCCUGUGUGUACUACAGUACUGGUACCGGUAUGACAAUCCUGCCCAAGAUCGGCUAUUACGUGGCUGAAUUCUGGAACACGCUGACGAACGCAGCAUACGUGGUGGUGGGGCUGUGUGCUAUAUCUCGUAAUAGCAAAGCCAAGCAAGAGGCUCACGGGUAUAGUCGUCGUGCGGCGGUGUGCUGCUGCCUCACGGGGGUGUUCUCAGGGCUGUUUCAUGCGACCAUGUGGAUGUCCUUCCAGCGCCUCGACGAAAUGUUUGAGACCGGCAUCAUCGUGUUUCUCUACCACGAACAUGCUACUGGAGCCGCCUUGGGGCACUUUAUACUGGCGGCGACGACCAUUUUACUGGCGCCUUCAACUUCGCGAGUCUGUGAAGUCCACCUCGUUGUCAUGAUUCUCGCCACGAUCGUUCGGUUGUCCGCUGCUUCCAGGGACGUACCUGCUGCCAAGCCGCGGAUUCUGGCGGCGGCAGUGGCCACUGCACUGGGCUUCGCGGCGUGGCUGAUGGAUCGGACAUGCUGCCACUAUACAGUGUCACAUUUUCCGAUUAACGUGCAGCUGCACGCGUGGUGGCACCUCUGGACGGCGCCGGCCCUGCAUUUUGGCUUCCAAACACAUCAGAUUCUAUUUCGCCACAACAGAACACUUCACGUCGUCGAGUAAUAAUCAUGCCACCAAUAUGCACACAUCUCACAGUGGUGUUGUGCGUACGAGUACUUGUCGUCCAUCUUGAAUCUGUCUUACUAUAAUUUUCG